GUUCACAAGUAAUGAUCGACCUUGUUUGCAAUUCAACAACGCCAUUUGUACCUGGAGUCUAGUGCUGAGAAGAUUAACGGAGACAAAUUUUUUUAAGAAAAAUGACGAACACAGAACAACCUGUAGCAACUGAACCAACACCGGUACCUGCACCCGUUCCAGCGCCUGUACCGGCACCAGAAUCAAAAGAAGAAAAUAAAGAUGAAAAUAACACACAAGCCGAAGGAGAAAAUAAGAAUGAAAAUAAUGAAAAUGGAGACAACAACGCAAAUGAUGGACCAGUUUAUAAAGCCUUCGUUGGUAAUUUACCAGAAAAUACACCGGUAGAAGAACUCACAAAAUUAUUCGAACCAUUUGGACACGUGAAAAAAUGUGAUAUUGUUAAACGAUGGGGUUUCGUUUAUUUGGAGAGUGAAGAAAUUUUAACCAAAUCAAUAGAAGCAUUACAAGGUACAACGUUCAAAGGUGAAAAAAUCACAGUCGAAAAAAGCAAGGGUAAAAAGAGACAACGUACAAAGAAACCAGGUGGCCCAGGAGCAAAACGACCAAACGGAGGUAUGAAAGGUAAACGAUUUGGUGGUGGCGGCCGAGGUGACAAAGGCGGUAAAGGUGGCCCAAGACGUCCCGAUCGACGAUUUGGUGGCCGGGAUCGUUUUGGCGGCAGAAAUGAUCGAUUUGGUGGUAGAAACUUCAAUGGACGAGGUUUCGGUAACGAUCGUGGAUUCGGUAAUGGUAUGGGUAUGGGCAUGGGCGGUCCAAUGUUCAAUGAUCGAUUCCAAAACGAUUACUUCGAUCGCCGAAUGGGUGGCGGUUUUGGAAUGGGUGGUGGUUAUGGCAAUGGUGGAAUGUGGAAUGAUAAUUUUAAUAAUCGUGGUAUGUAUGAUUCAAGAGGAGAUUAUGGUGGACGUGGAGGUCCCGGCGGCAAUGACAUGUAUGGACGAUACAAUGACAUGGGAAUGGGGAAUAAUAUGAACAAUGGUGGGUUUUUAGAUAACCGUGGUGGUCCCAAUAAUAUGAUGGACCGUCAGCAAUCAAAUUUCAAUGGUAAUCGUGACAAUUUUAAUGACGUGCCUAACAAUCGACCCCAACAACAAUCAUUAAUGGAUGAUCGUCGUGGGGGUGGUGGCGGUAAUAUUGGAGGCGGUGGUGGUAUAGACAAUGAUCGACGAAUGACAUCGCUUAUGGAUGAUCGAAGACCCAACAAUAACUUUAUGGACGAUCGUAGACCACAGCAACAAACACAACAAAAUCAAUCGUAUAAUAAUCGUGGUUCUCAACCAUCAAAUGAUCGACGAUUUGACGAUUACGGUAAUAAAUUUGAUGAUGUCGUCCCACAACGUGGAUCACAACAAACUAACGAUCAAUAUGAUAACCGUGGAAGUGGUGGUGCCGGUUAUGGAAAUAGUGGAACUGGUUAUGGAAGUAGUGGAACUGGCUAUGGAAGUGGUGGAACCGGUUUUGGAAAUAAUAGUGGAACCGGUUAUGGAAGUAGUGGAACCGGAUAUGGAAGUGGUGGAACCGGUUUUGGAGGUAAUAAUCGUGCGAAUAAUGAUCCAGCACCAUUGUUAGGUAGUCGACCCACGGGAGGCACAGGAGGUGGUGAUCGAUGGAGUACAGGCAAUUCAGCACCAGUGUCAUUAAAUACUGGACGAGGAACUGGAAAUUUAGGUGGAGGAUUAAAUAACACUGGCAGUUUAAUGGAACAACGUAGAGCGCCCACCCCACCAUUGUUUAACAGACGUGAUAAAUCACCUCCAAGAUUGGGAGGCACAGGUGGAAAUUUAAAUAGUACAUCCUAUAAUACUUCAUCCAUUGGAUCAUCAUUGAAUUCAAAUCGCAAUGAUAUAGCACCAUUACGUAGCAGUGGAUCGGGAGGAAUUGGCGGUAGUGGAGGUAAUAACGAUUCAUGGGGCUCACGAGGAGGAACCGGAGGUGGUAUCGGUGGAAACAACACAAAUAACAUGGAUUCACGUUUCGCAGGCAGACCUCAAACUACACGAGGUAACAAUUGGAUGGGAGCGUCUCGUAGGUUCUAAAAAUGUGUAGUACUUGAUCUGAGUACUACCUAAAAUACCUACAAAACGGCAGUCAUUAAAAUUACACGCAUAACGUAUGCCUGUAUCAACAAAACUCCGGGAUAAAAAAAUUUGUAUGUACGAACAAGAGAAUGCAUUGCAUCAUUUGGUUGUACAAUUUUUUUAAAUGCUUCAUAAAAAUUGAAUAUUUAUUUUAUUCAAAUAAUUUAACAAAUUUUUUUUAUUAUACAGAAUUAUUUUAUUUAUUAUGAUGUAAUUCCUUAGAAUUAGGAAAUUUUAAUUUUUAACCUUUUUUAAAAUCUAAUAUAGUAAAUACAAAUGGUCUAGUUUCUAUCGAUUGUCUUCUGUUUAUUAAAAAUACGUUAUCGAAAUAAUUCCGCUUGGAAUAAAUCGUCUGGAUUUAAAUUUUUACUGUCUUAUUUGGUAUGUUCUUUUUGCGAAUUUAUUGAGAUAUCGAAAAAUGAAGCUGGUUUAACAUAGUGUAAACUUAUUUAAUAUAUAUUGCUCAUAAUCCCAUUUUAGCUGCAUCUGCUUCUCUAUAUCUAAAUCAAAUAUAAUGAUAUAUGUAUCUUUAACAUUUUACGAGUAAACCAACAGCUUAAUUCUCAACAAAAACAACUAUGAGGCGACGCUAAACUUGGGCCUUUCCACGUAGUCUUCCGUCAUGAUUAUACACUUAUUGGAACACUCGGAGUAGGACAUCUCAAUCUAUUGCUAGCUUUUAGCAUUCUAUAUUGUCUCAAUGGAAGAUCUUCCUUUAGUAUGAGCUUUUUACAAGAAGAACACACCUUAUGAAAAUUAUAUCGAUAAAAAUUAGGCCAUCCUCUUAUAUAUUGUAAAAUAGUGAAAGAUUUAUUCACAUUACUUCAAUUAUGUGCAAAUAUAUUAAUUUUAUAUUAAAAAAGAUCACUUCAGUUUCAAAAUGGAUAGCGUUCAGAAAGAUAUCUUUUUCUCAUAAACGCAUUCGUAAUGCAUACAUAACAUCAACUAAACAACUUUGAAAAAAUAUACAAUUAUUAUCGCCUAUUUUUUUCUGAACGUAUCCUCCAAAUAAUGAUAUUCUAACAAUUUUUAUUUUAAAAUAUAAAUUUUUACAUAGGUUGCUUGCCUAUUACUCUACACUGUUCAAGACUUCAUAAAAAAAAAAUGAGCAGUUACUUGAAACUUGAAAGAGAAUACACAAAAUGGCGCCAAACUUAUUAAAAUAGUUUAAUUAUAUAAAUUUUUUAUGUAGAAAUGAUUUAGGAUUAAAAUGUAAAACACUUCUUUCUAAUUUCAAUUUAGAAAAUAUUUUAUUAUUUUGAGGUUAUAAAAAUGUAGAUUUGUGAACAAAUAAUGUCUUAAAAUAAAUGUAAUCUCUCCAAAAAAACAUAA